CUUUUCUCUUCUUUUGUACAUGCGUUACGGAGCCACGAUUGAUUGAGCCAUGGUAUGUUGAGCGCCGGUGCUACGUCGCAGCCAGACUAGCGCGGGCGUUGUACGAGUAUGGAGGGUUUUCCAGCUAUAUACACAUCUGGAGCGUUUCUCUGUCUUAUUCCUUGUUUCUUAUGCUGUUUCUUUAUUUCUCGUUUCUCUGCUUCAUGAGACCCUUUUCUCGAGAUACCGUAGCAUGUGUUUUUCUUAUGUAUUUCGUUUUCUGAGUAUUUGCAUGUAGAUGACUUGCACCGGGAGCUGGGCUGGAGAGUACAUGGGUAGAGAGGGAUGGGGGAAGAAGAGCAUGCGGGAUCUGCUAGAAAGCGUUGAGGUUGGAUACAUAUCCGUCACACUGACGGAUACCAAUACGAUGAACCAGAGUACAGCGGCCGUUGCUGGAUAUGACUACAGGCGAGAGGACUGCACAGCAGGCCAGAGAUAUCCACCCUUUCAUAUAGCAUACAAAGCGCAUAUAUCAAUCUUGCAUCUUCCCCAAUUUCGAAAUUUUCGUCUAGUGCAGAGUGUACUGUAUUUCUCAUCCCCCUCUCCUCCUGUUCACAGUGCAGUCCUAUAUCAUCAUACCAAUAAUCGUCCUUCCAUCCCUAUCGUGCAUCGAUGCCCUUCUUACACGGUAUACUUACUUGAUCCAUGGCUUCGUACUCCGUACAAAGUACACUUUUCGUCCAUCCCGUUAGUCUCUCUAGCGCCCGAGUCUGUUCCGGGCGCUAAACCAGCCCUUCAGCCCUGCGAAACCUUGGAACUUUGGAAGUUGGUGGUUCCUUACCGUACCGUGCUAGUCGAAGCUUGAUGGGGUCUAUGACGACAUGUCCGUCGUGUCUCGCAAACGUGUACAUACUCUGUAACGGAGGAAAGAGGAUAUGUUGGAGGAACUUAGUGGGCGAGUGUGAGAGGGAAAGGGAAGAGAGAGAAAGCAGGAAGCGGAACAAAUAUCUAGGCGCAC